GUCCAUCCCAUCCCAUUCCUGCUAAGCCGUGCAAAACUAAUCCUAACGACCUUAAAGUCCUUUACUCAAAUGCCCGAAGUUUGAAGUCUUUCGUCUCUGCUGACAAUGACACUUCAAAUACAGUUUGCAAAAUAACCCUACUGCAGGAGUUGGUUCACGGUGGUAAAUAUGAAAUUGUCUGUAUUUGUGAAACUUCGUUAAACAAUACAAUCCUUGAUGCAGAACUACUCCCAGGUUUCAAUCUUUCAUCGGGACAGGACGGGGAGAAUUGGCGGUGGAGUUCUAUAAUCGCGAUCAAAGAAAACCUACAUGCUACUCGGCGUUGUGACCUCAAAAGAGAUGGCAUUAAACUUGCUGUUGUUCAACUCAGUAAAGCGAACAAUGAACCAGUAAUCCUUUAUGUGUAUUGCCGUCCUCCCAACUCCUCUUCUGAUGCCGGGCUCAGUCUUCUAAACAACUCCAUAGCAACUAACUAG